UCAGGGCCGUGACUCAGCCCGCGGGAUGAGGCCCCGCGCCGCCCCGGCCCUACAUAAGGCGGAGGAGCCGUCAGCGGCCCCACAGCGCCCGACGCCAUGGCCGCCCUCGGCCUCCUCUUCCUCCUCCUCCUCGGCACCGCCGUGGCCGUGAAGCCCCGCCACCCUGUGGCACAGGAGCAGCUGAACCAGCAGCCCUAUGACAUCCAGCAGGUGAUGCAGGAGGAGCAGGACAUCGAGCUGCCCCGCGAUGUCGUGGAGGCGGCCAAGAACCCCCCUCAGCCCCGGGCGCCUUCGUCCCCGGACUCCCCCGACGCCAUCGACGCCUCCUCGUGGGGCAGCACCCUGGAGGGCUUCCCCCCGGCCUGGCCCCUGCCCGACGCCUUGGACCGCUACUGCCGCAGCCCCACCCUGAUCCCCCGAGCCCCCCGGCCCUCGCUGCCCCCCGCCGCCUUCGCCCACCUCCGCAGGCAGGUGGACGCGCUCGACGCCUUCUGGCCUCGCCUCGACGGCUGCUGCCGCCGCCCGUCCCCGCUGCCCUGCGCCCGCCGCGCCUGGACCGAUGUCCUGGACGGCUUCUGCGAUGACGAGUUUGGGGUGAAGACGCGCCAGUUCCACUGCUGCCGCCGGCACGGGGCCGCGCGGCGCCGCUGCUUCGCCGACGCCACCGCCGCGGCCACCGCCGCCACCCAGAUCACCGAGGUGACCGUGUGGGACGUCUCCAGCGAGCCGUCCUUCCCCCCCGGCGAGCCCACGGCCACCAACAUGGACAACAUCUGCCGCCUGCGGGGGCUGCGGCCCGGCCCCCGCGGCCUCCCCGGGCCUCGCGCGCGCUUCCACACCCGCCUGGAGCGCGACUUCGGCCGCUGCUGCCACAACGCCAGCCUCGAGUGCGCCCACGCCGCCUGGCAGAAGGGCCUGGAUCGCUACUGCCGGGAGGAAGGGGUGGUGAAGACGGGCCAGCACCGCUGCUGCCAGCGGGGAGGGGGCCGUGCCCGCGGCCGCUGCUUCGCCGCCGCCGCCCCCCACCCUGCCUACGACCGCGAGCUGCACAACGUCAGCCUGGCCCGGCUGGGCCCCGCCAUGCUCCGCACCCUCUGCGGCCCCAUGCGGCUGCUCAGCAAGAAGCGUCCGGUACCGGAGCUGCUGGAGGCUGUGACCUCCGCGUGCUGCGCGUUGCCCCCCGAGGAGCAAAGCCCCUGUGCUGAGGAACAGCUUUCCCAAAGCAUCGACGACAUCUGCACCUCCUGGCGGGACCCCCGGGCCUGCUGCUUGCGGGGGGGCCCCGAGCGGCACCGCUGCUUCACCGAGCGCUACCUGGGGGGGGUCCCGCUGGCCGCCGCCGUGCCCCCCCCGGCCCCCGGCCACCCCCAGUAGGGGCCACCAGGCAAUAAAGGACGCGAGGCCUCAACCUGC